AUGGUUGAGAAGAAAUUAAGCCUGUCAAAAACCAUUUUGAAAAUUUUGUCUUUAGAUGAAGGGCUGGAGAAAGUCAAAUGUGAAUUAGAGAAGAACGACGUGGAGGCUGUUUUCGUGAUCGAUAGCGAGGCUCGGAUCAUAGGCACAUCAGCUUCGCAUGCGGUCAAGGCUGCCAGUCUUGUAAGUAAGUUGACACCGGAGGAGAAAGUUCUGGUGGAUGGCAACGAUCGCCAGCUAUUGAAAACCACAGAAUGGCACCAAUUUUGUGAGCAACUCAACGCCAGCUCAGCCGUCCUAGUUCAUGGGGACAACUGGAAUGAUACCUACGUAUCUGGGUUUCAGGAAGAUGUCUGUGAAGCAAUUAAGACGCUAACUGCGUACCUACCUCACAAAACUCGAUUACAGAAAAUGGGAAUAGGUUAA